AUAUAUCUCAUUGUUUAACGUGAUUGUAUGCCAACAUGUUUGGUGAAUCAAUAUUUAAUUGAAUUUAUUAAUCAAAAUUCAGAUAUAAACCUGUGAUUGAACAUACGUUUGCAAUUUUACCAAUAUGGAAAAUAUUGUGUGUACAUGUGGUUACGGCGUCAUUGUAAGCCACACCAUAGAUAAUUUUUAGCAGGUGCGAAACGUCUUUGGGGCGAAUCGGGACGAUAAGCAGUUAUUCCCUGCAAAAUGGCGAUGGCGGGCGCUUCGACCACCAGAAAAGAACUAGCGCUUUCUCUUUCUAUUUUGAAAAAUAUAAAUCAUGCGCUUUCAAGUAUGAAUCUAAAAGUAUGCAACGGAGGGGUCGGAGAAGGAAUUAGUUUUAGCCAAGCAAGUGUGCUCGUUGACUUCAAGUAUCAUACGGAAGGGUAUACUUUCAGUAAAGAAUACGGAUUUACUGACAUAUUCGAGAAAGGAAACUCAAUUUUGAUGGAUUAUAUAAAAUUGGGGAAAAAACCAAAUGGACCUGAACUACGGGCUUUGGAUGCUUUGUUGUCGUUUAUAUCUCGUAUUGAAGAAGCAAGCAAGGCACUUCAAGUAGAGACACAAGAAUCAGAAGGAACAGGAAGAAAUGAAACCGACUGGGCAGCAAAACUUGCCAUUCAUUUUUUCUCACCCCUUUCAUUGUCAGAAGCAUAUGUUUUGGAUAACCAUAGCAUGAAAAAGAAGAAAGAAUGCCCUUGUCCUUGUAAAGAAGUCAUCAGAUAUGGGGACACAUCAAUUGGUAAUUCGAAAACAUGGUAUGGCAGAUUUGAUAUUUUGAUCGGAAAACGUGCAUAUGAGACUGGAAGAUCAAAAAGGCAGAAGUGUGAAGCUAAUGUUGAUGUAGGUGCAACUGUAGUUCCUGAGAAUGUGGACAAAGAUUCAUCAGAUGAUGAUUUCUCAGAUGAUACUCUCUCUCAAAUUGAAGUGAAGUCUGAAGAUCUUAAAAAUCACUUGUCACAAUUGUUUUCUCAAACUAUUGUUUUUUCUUUUUAUGAGAAAAAAUGUCACCCAUUUCUAAAUCUUGUUCCAUACAUUGGAGUGAGUAAGAGUCACAUUCAGUUUCAUUUUUAUGAUUCUCAGAAGGACAUUUAUCUUGCAAGUAAAGAGAUGCCAUUAUUUUAUGUGAAUCAAACUUUGCGAUUGCCCACAGUGAUUGCUACCUGGUUAGUUUUAAACUACAAGCACCUCUUGUCAGAAAUAACAGAAGAUAUGGAAAGAGAGGGAAAGUUUGGGUUCCAUUCUCAGGUUUUACCCGAAAGUUUGAAUCUGUAUAAAACUGAAAUUGAAAUGGGUCUGACAGUUAAACCUAAAACAUUUCAAUUUAUGGUUGCUAAUUAUGUUCCAACAAUUUUUAUUGCCAAAAAAACUGAUGCAGAAUAUGAGUAAGUUUUAACACCUAAAUACACAUAUUUAAAAGAAAUAAGAAAGGGGGAAAUUUAGAGGGGAAAAUUGGGGCUAGAUUAUUGUAUAUUUAUAUUUUAAGUUGAGGGAGGCUUCUGACAAAUAAGUUUAUGUUACAGGGGUUUCUAUACGCCCGUCAUUAGACGGAUCGACGUAUUAUGUUAUGGCGCUGUCCGUCCGUCCGGCUGGCUGUCCGUCCGUCCCGGGUCAAUGUUUUCUGGACUUUUUUUCAUAAUGGAUGCAUGUACAACUUUGAAAUUUGGUCACAAUAUCUCCCUUAAGAAUUGUAAGAGUGAGUUUGCAUUUCAGCUGGAUUGGUCCAUUGUUUACCUUCUUUAGGGCUAUAAGUAGGUCAAACAGUUUUCCAGACUUUUUUUCAUUACAGAUACAGAUAUUGCCCUGAAAUUUACACAUAAGCUUCCUUUCAGAGAAAAUACAAGUUUCAGAGAAAUACAAGAUUGGUCCAUCCUUGACCUACUUUUUGGAAAAAAAUGGGUCAAACAGUUUUCCGGGCUUUUUUUCAUUAUUGAUACAGAUAUUGCCCUGAUAUGUAGUCAAAGGCUUCCUCUCAGAGGAUUACAAGUUCAGUUUGCAUUUCAGCAGGAUUGGUUCAUCCUUGACCUACUUUUGAACUAAAAAUAGGUCAGACAGUUUUCCAGGCUUUUUUUCAUUACGGAUACAGAUAUUGCCCUGAUAUUUAGUCAAAGGCUCACUGUCCGACGGGUGUAUAUUGUACUAUUUGCGGUACUCUUGUUAACGACGGUUGUGACCAGUCAACAGGGGAUGCUCACUCCUCUUAUGAACCUGAUCCCACCUCUGGCAUGUCUGUUGUUUUCAGGGGUCCAUGUUUAAAAUGAAUGAAUUCUCCUGACAUAUGUCGAUUGUUUUCUUUUUAUUAUCUUAAUAAUAUUGUUAUUCUUAGGUGUGUUUUUUUUCUCUCUAUUUAAUAUUGGAUGUAUUCUUUUCCUUAUCAUUUUUAUGGUCACCAUUUCUUGGAAAUGGGUCGAUUAAUUUUGUUAAAUAUUUAAGGGUGGUAGAUUUUUAUUUAAACUUGAUAGGUAAUUUUUCUUAUUUUCAUUAUAUCUUUUUUAGCUCACCUGAGCUGAAAGCUCAAGUGAGCUUUUAUGAUCACCAGUUAUCCGUCAUCUGUCAGUCUGUCUGUCUGUAAACUUCAUACUUUCAACUUCUUCUCCUGAACCACUGGGCCAAUUUCAACCAAACUUGGUACAAAUCAUCCUUGGGUGUAGGGGAUUCAAGUUUGUUCAAAGGAAGGACCAUGCCCCCUUCAAAAAGGGAUAUAUAUAAUCACAAAAAUGCAAAAAUAGGUUGGGUUCAUUUAAAAAUCUUCUUCUCAAGAACCACUGGGCCAGAAGAGCUGAAAUUUGCAUGAAAGCUUCCUGACAUAGUGCAGAUUCAAGUUUGUUAAAUCAUAACCCCUGGAGGUAAGAUGGGGCCACAAUAGGGGAUCAAAGUUUUAAAUACAAAUGUAUAGGGAAAAUCUUUAAAAGUUUACAUGAAAUUUACAUGAAAGCUUCCUGACAUAGUGCGGAUUCAAGUUUAUUAAUCCCCUACCGAUGAAGUCGAAGGGGAAUUUAGGUUUGCGCUCCGUCCGUCUGUCUGACUGUCCGUCAGUCCUGCAAAUCAGUUUCCCGGACUUUUUUUUUGUUACGUACUUGCAGAUAUUCAUUUGAUAUUUGGUACAUUGCUUUGCCAUAACAAGUUACAAAUCAAGUUCAAAUUUCCUCUCGGUUUUCUUAGUCUUGUCUUUGUACCUGAAUAGUAGUUUAUCUCUGUCCAUUAAUACUCCUAUCUUGGUUUCCCAAUCUUCCCUUUUACCAUAACCUUGGUCUUAUAAUGAACUUCGAAUAUUGUUGUGGUCCAAUAAUUUUUGCCUCCAGUAGGGAACUAUGUAUUGCUAUGCAAUACUCUCAGAAUGCUUGUUUAAACCAUGGCCCCCGGGGGUAGGAUGGUGCCACAAUAGGGGAUCAACAUUUUUUGAAAGAUUUUAAAUUCAAGGGGAAAUCCUAAAAAAGCCCUAAUUUUCCCUGUCAAUUCCUAUUUUUAUGCCCCCGAGAUCAAAGAUCGGGGUGGGAGGGGGGGGGGCCAUAUUGUUUUUAUCCUGUCUGUCAUUAUGUCAUUCUGUCUGAAACUUUAACCUAAAUAAUAACUUUUGAACAGUAAGUGGUAGAGCUUUGAUAUUUCACAUGAGUAUUCCUUGUGACAAGACCUUUCCAUGGGUACAAACAUUUUUGACCCUGUGACCUUGGAGUUUGACCUACUUUUUGAAAACUUUAACCUUGCUAAUAACUUUUGAACAGUAAGUGCGAGAGCUUUGAUAUUUCACAUGAGUAUUCCUUGUGACAAGACCUUUCCAUGGGUACCAACAUUUUUUACCCUUUGACCUUGACAUUUGACCUACUUUUAGAAAAUUUGCCUUUGACCAUAACUUUUAAAUGGUAAAUAUUACAGCUUUCAUAUUGCACAUGAGCAUUUCUUGUGACAAGAUGUUUCUACUGGUACCAAGAUGUUUGUCCUUGUGACCCUGUCCAUCUUUGGAAUUGGCCAUUAUCGGGGGCAUUUGUGUAUCACAACACAUCUUGUUUCAAAAAUAUAUUUCUAUUAUAGCAAUUUUGAAAAUGCAUUCAAACUAAAUUUGACCAGUAAAUCCUUGUGUCAAGCUGUUUAUUGCUUGUGACUUUGUUAUAAAGAUGUGAGGUUAUAGCCAAUAAUAGUUCCUGCACAGAGAGUAUUUUUUGGAAGUUUCAUUAUUGUCAAAAUUGCAAAAGUAAGACCAUUGAAAUGUCUAAAACUGCCCAAAUUCAGGUAUGAAACUCCUAAUUUUAGCCCUAAUUUUUUGUAAUUUUAGCCCUAAAAUUAAUCCUUAUUUUUGUCUGAGUGUGCUAGACAGCCUGAUACAAAUAUAUAGGGAAAAUCUUCUGUUCAAGAACCACUGGUCUAGAAAAGUUCGCAUAGAUUUUCCUGAGCUGAGAUUUACAUAAAAGCUUCCUGAUAAAGUGCAGAUUCAAGUUUGUUCAAAUCAUGGCCCCCAAAGGUGGGUUGGGGACACAGUAGGGGAUCAAAGUUUUACAUAGAAAUAUAUAGGGAAAAUCUUUAAAAAUCUUCUUCUCAAGAACCACUGAACCAGAAGAGCUGAGAUUUACAUAAAAGAUUCCUAACAUAGUGCGGAUUCAAGUUUGUUCAAAUCAUGGCCUCCAGGAAUGGGUUGGGGCCACAAUAGGGGAUCAAAGUUUUAAAUAGAAAUAUAUAGAGAAAAUCUUUAAAAAUCUUCUUCUCAAGAACCAUUAGGCCAAAGAAUUUGACAUUUACAUGAAAGCUUUCUGACAUAGUGCAGAUUCAAGUUUGUAAAAAUCAUGUCCUCCAGGGGUAGAUUGGGGCCACAAUAGGGACUAAGGUUUUACAUGCAAAUAUAUAUGGAAAGUCUUCAGAUAAGGGCCAAGGUGACUCAGGUGAGCGAUGUGGCCCAAUGGCCUCAUGUUUGUUGGAUAGUACAUGUAUCUUCUUACAACCACAGUAGUGGUACUUAUUUGAGUGUUUUCUGUUGUGAUAUAAAGUACUAUACGACUUGCUCCUUCAAGAUAACCUAUUCCAGUUGACAAUGAAGUGCGUGUCAACUCUCGGGGGCUUCAGGCCUUUGAUUAGCAUAUUGCUUUCCUUUGCCAUAAAGGAUCCACAAUUAUUAUUUGUAUUUUUUCAAAAGAGGUUGUUAACGCAAAUCAAUACUUACACAUGCGUUUGGCAAAUAUAUUGUUGGUAUUGUUUACUAUUCUUGUUAAUCAGAUUUGAAGUUUGAUUGCAUUUAUCUGAUUGAACAAUACCAACUGCGAUUGACUGUAUGUAUUGCAGAUAAUUUUGUUGACACUUUUCUUUCGAUAUGUGCUUGCGUGAUUAAAUAAUCCAUCAAGGUAAAUUAUCAUAUAUAAAUCAAUGUGUAUAUUUCUUGUAUUAAGGCUUAAUUUCUCUUAGAGACAAUACAAACGAAAGUAUAUCGAUUACUGCUUUCUUAUACAACUACUAUACAGGUAGAACAAAUCAGUUUUAUAACGAAUUCAUUAUAUUUGAAUUAUGAAUUUGUUAUAAACGAAUAGCAAAUUCUGCUUACAGCGAAUUUUUAUAGUGUCCACAGAAAUUCGUUAGAUAUCGGAGUUUUACUGUAUAUAGAAAUAUGUUAAACCAUAUAGAACAAAAGAUUGCAGGCUGUUCAUCAGCCCUAAAAUUCUAAAGAAAUCCUAAUUAUGUUCCCCAAGCAAGUGGCAAAAAUUGUAGAAUUUGUAGUUCAAAGUAUUUUAUAAUUAUCAGUUUAUGAAUUCAUAACUUUUUACAUGUCAUGAUGUUGCAUUUAACAUAUUCUAAAAUGUUCAUGUACCAAUAAAAGCAUUAAAACAUAGAAAACAAA